ACUUCAAGUCAACUGCAACACAAGAUUCUUGAUCACUAACAAAAAGAAACUAGAAAAUGGGGCAAGAAAAUAACAUGAUGAGAAAAGGUCCAUGGACAGAACAAGAAGACAUUCAGUUGGUUUCAUUUGUGAACAUGUGUGGAGAUCGAAGAUGGGACUUUAUAGCAAAGGUUUCAGGUUUAAAAAGAAGUGGAAAGAGUUGCAGAUUGAGAUGGGUAAACUACCUCCACCCAGGUUUGAAAAGAGGAAAGAUGACUCCUCAAGAAGAGCGUAGAAUCCUUGAGCUUCACACUAAAUGGGGAAAUAGAUGGUCAAAAAUUGCUCGGAAACUUCCUGGACGAACUGAUAAUGAGAUUAAGAAUUAUUGGAGGACCCAUAUGAGGAAAAAGGCACAAGAAAAAAAAAGGGCAUUAUCUUCAUCUCCAUCAGUGUCUGAUUCCUCUAUCUACUCUUCAAUUACUAGCAAUCCUACGGUUGAUUCCAUGCCAAUGACCGAAACCAAAGAACGAAGCUUUUAUGACACUGGUGGGUUAGAAAUGGUGGCGAUUACAAAUUUCGAAUGCGAUAACUAUAAGAUGAAGAGUACAGCUACUAGCGUAAACAGCGCGAUUGAACAACAAGAUGGGUAUAAUUCAAUGGAUGAGAUAUGGAAGGAUAUAACAUUAUUAGAUGAUGACUAUGGUAUAGCAAGUGUUUUUGGUACAUAUAGUGAAACAACGCCUUCUUCUAUAUGGGAUUACUCCCUCAACACGUUGUGGAUGGUUGAUGGCCAAGAGGAGAUAGGAAAAAAUAUGUAUUUCCCCGACAACAAGAGAGCGAUUUAGCGCAAAGUUAACCGGCUAACAUAGUUCUUUUAAGUUACAUAUUUGGUGCCAUACAAUAAAUCGUUAGAUUAAGUAUCAUGUCAUGUUAUAGAAGUAAUACCAAAAACGAAUCAAAUGUGAUGUGAAAUACGUACUCUGUCACACUAGUAAUCAUUUAUGACAUAUUUAAUUAACUUUUGUAACUA